AUGUCAUUGUUAAUGUUUACUGAUUAUUGUCAGAAAAUCUUGAAAGUAAUUGGCAGUAGACUUGUUUCAUUACGUGUGACGUUAACAAAUGUUAUUGGUGGAUGGUCACUGAUCUCAUCAUCUCUUCGAUGUCAUCUAUCAUUAUCACUGCAACGUCUUCAUCUUAUUGACAUCAAACCAUAUGAAUUCGAUAGAUUAUUACGGAGUCAUCUAAUAAAGCAAAUACAUACUUUAAUAGUUGAUGUAAUCGAUUAUAGUUCUUUCAAGGAGCAAAAAAUCGAAGGACUUUACUUAACUAAAGUAUGUUCACAAUUGCCUCGUCUAACAGUUUGUCAACUUCCGUUUGAUAUUUGUUAUGAAAAACAAAUCCAAUUAGAUCAAUAUUCAUUAAUGCCACGAAUUUAUUUGCCGAAUAUAUCGAACACUAGACAUCUUCGAAAAUUGAUUCUCGGUAUGAAUUCAUCAUACUUUCUGGAACGUUUACUUACUUGUAUACCAUUGAUUGAAAAUCUUUCUAUUGGCGUGAAAGAUCCAUCGAUAAAGGACAAAAAUUACUUCAAUAUAAGAUCUUCACCUAUCAAUGCUCGUUUUCUUUUAUAUCUAUCUAAAUUAUCAAUAAUUUGUGCAAAUAAUCAUAGUUUUCAUCGUUCUAUGACAAUUUUAUCAUCUAUAUUGAACCAAUUGAGUCAUCUAUCAUUGAAAUUACAUGAAUACACAUAUAUAUCUGAUCCAUUAAUUAUAUCAAGUGACAUUAUCCAUCAAUUAUGUCUCAGUCGACUCAAUGCAUCAGCAACAUAUGAUCUUAAUCUACUUUUUCGUAUUAUAUUUUCUCAGACGACAAUGAAUUCAUUGAAAUUGUUUCGGCAUGUUCAAGAAUUUCACCUCAAUGGUUUUAUGUAUAAUAGCUGUUUUUCAGACCUCACGGAUUGUACUAGUCUCGCAUCUUCAAUGGUUCCAUGGUCAUCAUUAACAAAAAUAUCAAUUUGUGGGACUGAUUUUAUUAAGUCUAGUUUAUUAGAAGCAAUAUUAAAAAUGGCAUUUAAUGUACGUACAUUAGAAAUAAGUGAUGAUAUUGGUCGUCUACCUUGUAUGAUAUUACGUAACAAGAACAAUCUAGGAAAUCGUAUUAAUGAACAAAUACAAUCAUUAAAUAUAUGGGAUUGUACGAUAACAUUAUUGAAAGCUGAACGAUUUUGCAUACGAUUGUACAAUCAAUUACCCAACUUGAAAAAUCUCACGUUUCAUAUUUUUAAUUCAUAUAACUUUCAAGAAUGGAAACCAUUAUGCGUUGUUGAUGGUAAAAAUAAAUCUACGAUUAUGAUUGUAAAUAUUAUUCGUUUUAUUAUUGACAAAUUCCAAGAGCUUGUCUCAUUCUAUAUAUAUUUUAUGCGACAAGCUCAAUAUCAUUCACCUUGUUUUCCUCAUCUAAUUCGAAAACAAUUACAUGAACAACCACUUAGUCGACCGUAUCGUUUACGAUGUACGGAUGAAGCUAUUCAAAUUUGGAUUUAA